GAGUGCCAUUGUGAUCAGAUCUGUUAUCUUCUGAUUUGUUUAACUAAUCAAAAUCAAUAGAAUUACAUUAAAGAAAACUAUUUUGAGUUCAAAUCACAAUCAAUCAAAUUAAGAGGCAAAUAAAAGUUAAAUUUCGUAAAUAAUCAUUCAUUCAUGACUUUACCAGAAAAACUUAUACAAAAUGAAGUUCCCGAUUUCCUUGGUGAGGAUCUUGUAUUUUGUGAUAUGGUAUGGUUAAACUGCAAACAAAGUUUAGUGGUUCUGGCGCGCGAUUUGAAAUGUUAUCUAUUUUACCAGAAACAACUUGUCAACAGCAUAGAUUUGUCGGAAACUUGUUUAAAAAAUGUUUCUCAAAAUGUGUAUGACUAUAAAGGUCCAAAAAGUAAGUGGUUUAAGUUUGUUAAUACUCGCAUCGAAGAUCCAUUAGUUAGCAUUAGCCUAUCGGAAACCUCCGAACAGCAGACCUCGACAUUCCCUGAGGAGCACAUCUCAACUGAUCUUAAAAUAUCAUUUGGAAAGUUUGUUUAUAGAAAUUUUGAAAUUCACAAGGUGUAUUUAUUAAUACAGUUUUGGGAUAAAUUUCUGGCUAUUGCUUUGCCCGACUUCGUGCUUAUUACCCAGUUCGAAGGUGUUCAUAAGUAUCGCAUCAUUCAUGGCAAGGAAAAAUUCGAAGCUUUACUAGAAUUAAAAUUUGAAAAUGGUAAUAUAACACAUACCAAUUUUCAAAAAUGUGAAAGUGUGAAUAGUUCUCUUAGCAAUGGCAACGGUAGUAAUGAUAGGAGAAACUUAAAGCAACUCAUGGAACGGGUGCGAUGUGCCAAGGCGGAACUACAGUUAUACAAAUCAACCACUCAAAAAGAAUUUGACAUCUUGCGUGAUUUGCAAAAAUUUGGUUGCAACUAUAUCCGUAGUGAUCAGUUGGAAGAAAAACCGAUGAUUUCACGUUGUGGUGACAUUUGGUUAAGGAUCGUAACGAAUAAUGUAGUUGUUCUUGGUGUAGCACUGGUCAACAAUUGUUCCACAAAUAGCAUGAUAGUAACCAAAAAUCUAAAACCGAUCUUUAAGAUGAAGGACUCACUUGCAGACAAUAUUAUAUACAAAUAUCGUAUAUACCAAUUGAAUCUAAAAUUUGAAAAUUUAGAAACCUUGGAAUCUUUCUUUCAAACCGAAGAUCAGGAUUUACAAACUACACCAACAAUGUGGUCGAAAUGUGAGACGAAUCAAGUGCUGCCCUCAUCUUUUGCUGUUCUUUUAAUAGCCAUAAAAAUGUCUGAACUACUGUUACUGGAAGAGUGUCCCUUACUAUUAUACUUCGAAGUAGAAAAGGAGCCACCACGUAAUAAAGAUCAACUGAGAAAAACUGAAAUUUAUGAACAACAUAUUUUCUUGAGGAACUUAAAUAUUUCCAACAUAAUUAUGAACCAACAAAAAUACAAACUUUCUUUUGAAACUACAACGUUUCAUCAGGACUUUCUGGCAACUGCAAUGGUUAACAAAGAGUCUACACUUCGUAUCCAAUUCGAAUCAGUUAAGGAUGCUUUUAUAUUUGAGCAACUGAUUGCGAAGAAGUUCAAUUUUGAUACACUCAAGAGAAACCCAAAUCAUAAUCAAUUUGCAACAAACGAUGAUAAUCCUAAUGAGCGUGGAGUUGCUGAAGAUUUACUAAGCCAAAAACACUUCAUUUCGUGUAUAUAUUUUAAUAAGGUUUGCACGUCAUUAUGGUUUGGAUCAAUGGCUUUGAAAAUAUCCCAAGCCGGUGAAAGUGAAGAUAAUAAUCAAAUAUGGAAAGUUUAUUUCCACAAUAAGGAAAAUACUUUCAAUUGCCUAAAGCUAUUACUGAAUGAGCUUACUGUGCUCAACUGCAACAUAAAGACUAUAGAUUAUUUUAAUGAUAACAAAAAUGAAUCAACUGAUGCAUCUUUGGUUAAUAUUAAAAAUGGAAUCGUCAGUGAAUUGGAGGUAUUGCGACGAAUAAAUGAGUGCAUUGAUGGUGGCAGUAGGAAAAUAAUUGUCGGUGAAUUGUUGAAAAAGCAAGUACGCACAGAUAGUUUAAUGAAUGUUUAAAGUAUUUAAAUUUACCCAUAUAAGAAAAGUAAAAAAAUCGAAACAGUUUUUACUACGUUAUACAUAAAUCCAAAGAACUGUUAUACGCAUUAGAUGGUUACAAAUUUCCCCAUAUGCAAAAAAACGUCUAAUUAAUCAUAAAUAAUCGGUUUUUUUUUUAGUUUCAGAAAAUUAUUUAUUAUUUGUAUAUUCAAUUGUAAUUCUGCUAAACAGGUUUAGCAGUAUUUGUUUUAAAUAAAUUAAAUAAUCCUUA